CCAAUAGGCUAUGUACAACGCACCAUGGCGGAGUUAGUACCUACAAAAAGACGCCAUUACUAUAUUGGAAACGACAGGCUGUGAUCGGUCUUGGGUUAGUUAUUGAGGACAUGUAGAGCGGUCACUCGACUAUCUUGUCAAUAUAAUAGAGAAUCUUUGUUUUAUGGAUGGGUGGACUAGCUGCGCUACAAUAUUUACGGGUUAGUUUGACUUCAAUUGGAUUAAAUACUCAUUAAAUGUGUCGGUAUGAUGAGCUAGCGAGUUGGGGAAAUCUCCCAUGCUUCUCUAACGAAUUCUAGCGCGGAUUGGUUGUUUGCAAGCUAACUAGCACAUUCGCCUUGUUUACAUUGCUAACGAUAGAUAGCUAGCUAACCAUUUUCGAGCCCUGCCGUCCAGUGUUUGAGGUUUAGGUUUGAAUUUGAGUGAAACUGUGGCGGACAGAAUCGCCGCUGCUGUUUUUUUAAAGGCAUAGGGCAGCAAACCGAGAUGAAGGGGCAGCAGAAGAGCCCGGAUGACGACGGUGACGUGCCCAUAAUCGAUGAAGGUGCUGUUGCCACAGCCGACGACCCAACUGCCAUCACCACCAUCCAGUCUGCAGCCACCUUCUCGUCUGAUCAACCAAUCAAGUACCUGUUCAAGACCGAAGGAGGCGGGUUGCCGGUGACGUACCGGGUGAUCCAGGUGUCUGAUGGACAGGUGGACGGACAGACAGACGGUGCCUCUGCUGUUAGCGUGGUGACGGGCUUCCCCGCAACGACACAGACUGUCACACAGGCGGUGUUUUCCCAGUCUGAGGGACUGGAGGGGGAAGCCUCAGAGACUCACUACUACUACCCUGUCACUGAUGCCACACAGACUACCAUGGUUGAGAAUGUUCAAGCGCCAGAAACACUGCUCACUCAGAGCACACCCACUGGUCAGCUAUAUGUGAUGAUGUCCCCACAGGACGUGUUGGGCGGAACAAACCAGAGCAAGUCAGAGCCUCCUCGUACAUCUAGAGAUGACAAGAGACGAGCCCAACACAAUGAAGUUGAGCGCCGACGCAGAGAUAAGAUAAACAACUGGAUCGUCCAGCUGUCCAAAACCAUCCCAGACUGCACCCUGGAUGCGACGAAGAAUGGGCAGAGUAAAGGAGGGAUCCUGUCCAAGGCUUGUGAUUACAUCCAGGAGCUGCGUCAGAGCAACACCAGACUGGGGGAGGACCUGGAGAAUCUGGAGAGACUACGCAUGGACAACCAGUUGCUCAGACAAGAGGUUGAUGAUUGGAAAACCAAGAACCAGAUGAUGAGAAGCCAGCUGAGACAGAAUGGCAUUGUGGGAGCAGCAGGUGUAGAUCCACAGUGAAGGAGAAGUGACAAAGGUGCCUGUACGAGGGCUCUGUUUGAAUUGCCAGAAAAUACACCCUCCUUUCCUCACUUGAGGUAGUAACUGAUCUGUAUGGGAUUGGAGAGGUGAAACGUAGGGUCCCAAUGAUACCAACCCAGUCAUCUUAUAUCUGUAAUUUCAUCUAGGAUGGAUGUAUUUGGAAAACAUUCGAACAAGGUCUAGGAUGUUGUGGGCUGUUGGAAUAUGACAACAUUGGUCAGUGGAGGCGGUUGUAUGCAGAGGGUUGCUUCCAACAAAUCUGGACUGCACUCUUUUUGGAUGUCCUCCGUGAUGUUUUCUUCCUUGACAAUUGUAUGGACACCCCAUGAUCAUGGACAUUCAUCCUACCUAGAAAAACACUUAAGCUACACAGCAUAAUACUCAUGUCUGUGUUCUUUAUCACCUUUGAAAUCAAAUGUAGUUUGUGUCCCCUCAAACAACUUGCCCAUAUAUGGGUAUUUCUACGCUCUUGCCACACAUUAUAUGAAAGAAAAAAUGUGAUGCCUUUUAUGUUUGAAAUAAAAUAUUUUAUGAAAAGGCUUAUUUAAAUGCUAGACUGAACCGAACACCAUGUCUAUUGGUUGACAGUUUCACUACCAGCUGACUGACACUGGUGUUCUACAUCAGUUUGUAUCAGUCAUUGAGCAAAUAAUGAAUUUGAUGGUUCUUUGUGUAUUUUUAGUUUUCCAAAAUUUGGACUAACCUAUUUCUGACAUUAAUACAACCUUCAGCCUCUAAUAUUAUUUUGUGUUAUAGGUUGAUUUGCUGUAAUUUCUAUUAAAUUUGUCUGAAAGAAA